AUGAGGACCAGGAAGUUAACUAAAAUCCAAGCUAUGGACAGAAUCAGUGAAUUGCCUGAUGAAGUGCUGAUAAAGAUAUUAAAUUUGGUUGAGACAAAAGUUGCUGUGUCCACUAGUGCUUUGUCUAAGCGAUGGGAGUUUCUCUGGAUGUUGCUGCCUAAACUCACGUACAGUACUAAAGACUAUUCAGAGUCAGAUUGCGAGAGUUUACGGUCUUUUCUUCACAGAAAUCUGCCAUUACACAGAGCUCCGGUUCUUGAAAGGUUCUGUCUAAAGUUUCAUCAUUCACAUUUAGAACCUCUCGAUGUCAAGCUGUGGGUUCUAGCAGUAGUCUCUCGCUGUCUACGUGAACUGAAGAUUAACUAUUCUUCUCAUCCAGACAAGCAGGACAUCUUGCCGAGCAGCUUGUAUGCCUGCAAGUUUCUCGUGACGUUGAAACUCAAAGGAUCGAUCCUCGUUGAUGUUCCUCGCAUGGUUUCUCUUAGUUGUCUGAAAACCUUGCAGCUUAUAGAGGUGACAUACUUGAGUGAGGAUUCUCUGGAACGGCUUCUCUCUAUCUGCCCUGUUCUUGAAGAUCUAAUGGUGAAUGGACAUUCAGAUGAUAAUCUGGAAGAUGUUGUUGUUCUGGUCCCAUCUUUGGAGCGCUUAACAUUGGAUAUAUGUAGUGAUAUAGAUGAGUUUGUGAUAAAGACACCUUCUCUGAAGUACUUGAAGCUCAAGUAUUAUAACUCCUGGAGUCACUACUUCUCGAUUAAGAAGAUGUCUAAGCUGAGGGAGGCACACAUAAAUGUUAGCUUUCCUUACAUGAAGAAGCUUAUCAAAUCGAUCACAUGUGUCAAGGAGCUUACAUUCUGCGCAGUACUCAACAGUUUAGAGGAUGAUGUGUAUGGUGAUGGUUUUGUCUUCAACCAGCUUGAACAUCUAAAGCUAUGUAUAUGUGAAGAACAUGUGUCGAGAUUGCUUGUCCGGUUGCUCAAAGAUUCGCCUAAGUUACAAGUACUUGAACUCUUUGGAAUGGAAAAUCAUAGCCCUGAUGGUGUAUAUUUCUGGAAUCAACCAAGUACUGUUCCUGAGUGUAUGUUGUCGAGUCUGAAAACUUUCAAGUGGUCAGGAGGAUACUUAGGAAGACCAGAAGAGAGAGAUCUAGCGACUUUCAUCUUACAAAACGCUCAUUGCUUACAGACUGCAACAAUCUUGUCUGAAUCAAGUUUGGUUCCGAAGCUUGACAUGUUAAAGGAGUUGGCACUUUCUCCCCGAGCUUCAACCGCAUGCCGACUUGUGUUUAAGGAUCUUUAG